UUGGUUUUUGGCUUUGAGAGGCGCAACCAUGUCGACUUCAAAGAAGGUGGUGUUGAGAACCUUAGAUGGCGAGACCUUCGAGGUGGAAGAGGCAGUGGCGAUGGAGGCGCAGACCAUCAAGCACUUGAUUGAAGAUGAUUGUGCCGAUUCCAUCAUUCCUCUACCGAACGUAUCUAGUAAGAUCUUGCCCAUGAUCAUCGAGUACUGCAAGAAGCACAUCGAGACCCCCAAGUCCGAAGAGGAUGCUCUCAAAACUUUUGAAGCUGACUUUGUCAAAGACAUAGACCAAGCCACCCUCUUCGAUCUCAUCUUGGCUGCAAACUAUUUGAACAUCAAAAGUUUGUUAGAUCUGACAUGUCAAACAGUGGCGAAUAUGUUCAAAGGGAAGACUCCGGAAGAGAUUCGCAAGACUUUUAAUAUUAAGAAUGACUAUACUCAGGAAGAAGAAGAAGAGGUCCGCAGGGAGAAUGCAUGGGCGUUUGAGUGAAACAUGAAGCAACUAUGGAUUAUCCAUGAUUUUUUUUUUUUUUCUUUCUUUUCUUGUGUGAUUUUAUUUUUUAUUUUUAUUUUUUUUUUCUGUUGUCGAUACCCUUAGUAGGAUCAUAUAUGCUUAUUUGAAAUGCUGGUAUUCUCUUUUGCUUUGUGAAAACUAAAAAUCUAUUAAAUACUGUAGGAACAUUAAAUUUAUUUUUUUGAUAAUCAUAGGAUGGAUCAUAAUAAAGUUGAAUAAACACUUAGUCAAACAAAAUAUCAAAUACCUGGUGUGAAUUAUGGGACUAUAACUCGCAAAGAAAAUAAUAUGUAGU